UGUGUUGUCAUUGGGUGGCUGAGAUAGAGAGAGGGAGGGAAGAGUGACCAGAGACAAAACAAGAGAGAGAGAGAGAGAGAGAGAGAGAGUUGAAGGAGUGUGGUUGGAUGCCAGUGAUUGGGUAAAGGAAGGAGUUAAGCGGUUGGUUGAUAUAACGGAGAAGUUGACAUACCGAGACGACACGAAGACAGAGGGGGAAGCACUAUUGUUCAAAGAGGUCUAGAACGAGAGAAAGAGAAAGAGAGAGCCAGAGAGAGCCAGAGAUACAGAGAGAGACAGAGAUACAGAGAGAGAGAGAGAGAGAGAGAGAAAAAACAGAGGACAUUGACUCCAUAGGGAAACCCAUUCUCUACCGCUUUAGUAGAACAGACUGACGCUGUCUGCUUCGCUCCAGACGAUCCUCCACACACUUCGCCUUUCAUCCCUCCCUCCCUCUCUCCAUCCAUCUAUCUAUCUGUCCGUCCAUCCAGUGAGGAAGAGGAGGAGAGAUGAAGAGACCUUAUGAUGACUAUAGUUCUCCAGACUCUGAUGACAUGGACGAGCUGAUCGAUGUGGGACAGGAAGACGGCUUCUGUCCAGUCACUGGGUCCAUGUCCCCAGUUAGCACCUCCCAGAUUCUGGCCCGGAAGAAGAGAAGAGGGAUCAUAGAGAAGAGACGCAGAGACAGGAUCAACCACAGCCUAUCAGAGCUUAGGAGACUGGUGCCAAGCGCUUUCGAGAAGCAGGGCUCGUCUAAGCUGGAGAAGGCAGAGAUUCUGCAGAUGACGGUGGACCACCUUAAGCUGCUGCAUGCCAUGGGGAGCAAAGGGUACUUUGAUGCGCGGGUCCUGGCGGUGGACUAUAGGACCCUGGGAUUCAGACAGUGUGUAGGGGAGGUGAUCCGGUUCCUGAGCUGUUUAGAAGGAGGGGUGGACUCCCCGGACCCUAUGGGAGCCCGCCUGGUCUCCCACCUCUCCCACUGUGCCAGCCAACUGGACCCCCUCCUCCUUCAGUCGCCCCCCACCUCCUCCACCCUCCCAUUUCCUCCCUGGCCGUGGAUCUCCUCUAUCUCCUCCUAUCACCAGAUGUCACCUGUCUCGUCUCCCCCCUCUCCCUCUUUCUCCGCGGGACGGAGGGAGCUGGCUCUCCUGGCGAGUGGGGGUUACCCGUCCAACUUAGCCGGCACCCUGCGUCUCGACCCCCUGGGGUGCCAACAGGGGUCCCUACUCGCCCCUGCCCUGGUGUCUGGGGUUCGCAGGGUGCCCUCUCUCCCCCCUCCUUCCUCCCCUGCCCUCACCCCCUCCCCCACUCACAGACUCACUCAGCAGUCCCCCGGAGCCUCACCCCUCCUCACCACCCCUUCCUCUUCCUCCUCUACCUCCUCCUCUUCCUCUGCUCCUCCACAAGUCUCCUUCAGACCUUUUGCCCCUCUGGGGUCUUCCGCGGGUCAGCGCAGUGGUACGGGUGGCUCUGCCAAGGCUCCAAAGACCUGGGGGACUGAGAUAGGAGCCUUCUGAUCCAGAACCUGUCAACAUGAUGCACCAUGUAGAGGUUGCCCAACUAAACCUACUCUUAACCACAGAUCUAGGAUCAGUUUACCUUACCCCUAAAUCUACCCCUAAGAACAGAUCUAGGAUCAGAUUACCUUAACCAUUAAAGGGAUGAAACCAUAUCUGACCCUAGAACAGCAGUUAGGGACAACUACUACCUCCCCUGUCUCUCUCUCUCUCUCUGAUGACAUUUCUAAAUGACAGGGACUCUAAAGCCAUACGAAAUGACAGACAGACUGGAAUCAAACAGGGACUGACAGAGAGACAGAUGGACAGAUGAAGAAAGCCAAGAUGGAAGACAGAGUCAUGAGAAAGAACAGAAUAUCUAAAGGACUUCCAGAGCUCUACUCAGCCUUGAGAAGGGCUGUCUGUCCUACUUGUACAGAAUGCUCUGAAUCUCAGUUUGCAUGUGGAUCUUCAUAGCAAUCCCAUGUUGUUCUCCAUUAGAAGUGGCCCAAUUGACUUGUCUAUGAACAAACGCAUGCAAGAGACUGCACUACAGAGCCAUAUAUAGUGUUCCAAAAUUCCAGAAAUCCUGGUUCGAAGGAUCCCGGUUUAUUCACUUCUGAUUCCAGGGAUCUUACAGCCGGGAUUUCUGGAAGACCUGGGAAUUUGGGGAAAGUUACCAGAAUUUUGCAACCCAAGAUAUAGAAUGGGAUCUCCGCCAAACUAGAGGGAGACACAGAUCUUCUCAAACUGUCGCUAUAAACUUAUCGUGUAUUUUUGCUGUGAUGUUUACAUUUGUAUCUUUUAAAUAAUUGACAUACUUUGAUUGAUUCUGUUUUCAUUAACA